AUGAACCGAUUUUCCCUGAGAGCCAAUCGAGGCUCUACACCGCAAGGUGUCAUCUGCCAGCUUUGUCAAUUCACUACUUCGACUUCACGCCGUGCUAUCCCUCUCGCUCGGGGGGCCGCGAACCCCGGAAGUCGAGUUCCAACCAGCAAUGUAUUGCAGCCGUCGCGAUUGAAUUCACAGCAGCAGUUGCCUUGCCAGACCUCAUCCAUACGGUACAAGUCACGCCUUGCAUCUCAAACGCUUGAGAAGCCCGUGGAAACCGAGUCGAGCCCAGCGGAGAACUCAAAUUCGGCGCACCUUUCUGACCCGAAUGGCGAUAAUGAAAUUCAUGAACCAUCGCUUCUCUCGCUCGAAGACCUCGAUAGAAUGACACGGGAUUGCGAAACAACGGCAUUGAAACUGCUGGGCUCGAACCAAGUGCCAGGCAACAAGGACGUGGAGGAUGCCCUUCUUGAAUGUGAAGAGACAGCCCGAUCACUCUCGCCAUACUGGGACUUGCGCGAUGAUUCUUCGACAAAUGGCAAAAGCAAUGCGAUUUGCUCACUACUGGAGAUGGAGGAGAAGCACGGAUCUGUAACGCAGCGACACGAGUUGGAAGAAGCCCUUCGCGGACUGGCGAACAGGGUCUCACACGUUAUGACGCAAAUAAUCAAAGACGAAAAGGUGUUUAUUUCUCCGACAGCACUUGAGCGCUAUGUUCGGGCCCAGUGUGUCUUGAACCAAGCUGAGCACCUCCCUGAGGUAUUCAACCUAUAUGCCAACAAGGCGAUACCCGAGGAGAAGAGCAGCCCGCCUAAAUUCCACGAGGCGAACCCAAACGAUGUGAACAGUGCUGUUCCCGCGGAGCUGGCGAACCAGGCUAUCGACGUCGCCAUCAAACAAAAGAACCUCCCGCUCGUGCUGGCAAUUAUCGAUAACACCUUCUGCGCACCUGCUUUUCACCGCGCGAAGGUUUUCAAGAAGGCUGCUGUUCCAUUAGUUGGGUUGGCAGCUGCCCCGGCUGCUUGCUUUACCCUCGCAUCUUGGGCAUCGACGUUCCAAAAUACCAUGGACACUAGCACAGCCACUGGAAUCGCAUUCGCUGCAUCGCUGGCAUAUGUUGCGGGUACUUCGUCCAUGGGCAUUCUGGCCAUUACUACUGCCAACGAUCAGAUGAAGCGUGUCACCUGGUUGUCUGGUGUUCCUUUGCGGCAUCGAUGGCUCCGGGAGGAGGAGCGCGCUGCAUUGGACAAGGUCUCUUGCGCCUGGGGAUUUCAGGACCCGUACAUGCAUGGAGAGGAGAUUGGUGAAGAGUGGGAUAGUCUGCGCGAGUUCAUUGGCAUGCGUGGCAUGAUUUUGGAUAAGACAGAGUUGAUGGAGGGCAUGCAGUGA